AGUGAGAAUCAUAUCGUUCUCAUUGUGGGAUUAAAAUUUGUCGGUGGAGGAUUAUUUCUCUCUUUCUGCUUUUGUUAAUUUGAGAUUUUGAGCUACUUUGGAAUAAAGAAACCAAUUGCUAUACCAUGUGAUAGUUUUCAGUUUGGAAUUUGGAAUGGGACACAGCCUUCACGUUCAUAGUAGCUUGUUCCUACACAAAAGAAGAAAAAACAAGAGUCAAGUUCCACUUCACAUAUACCUAUCAAUACAAGUUUAAUUCAGCUAUUACACUUUUUCAGUUCUUUUUUUUUGUUUAUUCAUGCGCAAUAGUGCUAAGAUCCAAAUAAUUAAAAUUGGUUUCAACCAAACAAACAAAGAAAGCUUGAGGAGCAUUCAUGAGCAUUGUCGGCAGAAGACAGAACGGUACAUAAUGUUAUUUGACUUUAAAGCCAGUAAGUUUUUGAGACGACCCACAAAAUUUUUUACAAACAAAACGUUACAAAUCAAUGAUUCCUCAGCUCUAUGGGAAAAGGGAAAAUAUAUUUUAAUUGACACUUAAGUUAUAAUAUACUGUGUAUAUCUACAUAUAUGAUUUUUAUACUAGAUUAUACAUGAUGGUUUGUAAUUGUUCUAAUACUUCAAAUCUAUUCAAACAUUUGGGAACAUGUCCAAAUCAAAUUUUUAGUCAUUUUUAUAAUUAAUUUUUAUGUAAACCAGUCAUACGAAACACUUAAGACCUGACUAGUGUAACAACAAUGGUUACAGACGUUUACGGAUUUGGAUGGUUACAAUUUUUUAAGAUUUCUGUACAAAUGGUAUAACAGUUCGAAAUUUCUGCGUUUGUUGGAUAUUUUUGAGUGAUUAACUAUAAAUGCAAUAGUGGUUAAAUAAUAAAUUAAAAAUAUUUACAUUUUAUAUCAGUUAUGCCCUUAAUAAUCUUUUAAACCGUAACUACCCAUGUCCGCAUUUGAAAUAGUUUGUUUCGUUUUCCAAUUAUAUUGGGCCCAAGUUAAGAAGACCCAAAUAUGUACACAGAAAUAUUCUAAGAAAUCUUUCCAUUAGCCCAACGCAGCACAAAUAAUUAGAAAACAUAAUCUUGCCGAUCAAACCUACAAAUAAUGGCCACCCCGGUCCUAUACCUGCACGUGUCAAGUGCGAAAAAGUGUUUUAAGGGAUCAUUUCCUCCUUCACCGCGACGGCCAACAACGAUUAGAUUUUGAGAAUUUAUAACAACGUUAGAUUUCUGCAAUAAAGGUUUGGUAUCUCUCUACACAAAUGUGCCUUUUUAGCUUGCAAACCAGAAAACUAAAAGAAAACUAUGACAAGUAAAUGAGUUCUUCUAUUUUGCAUCAUAGUAAAAGUGUAUACUAAUUUUUAUGUUAUUAUACUAUGUAGUAUGCUUCGUGUUUUAAUAAUUCUACUUUGAACCACAUGUUUGACCGUUGCUAAAAAAAAUUGGUAGUUCGUUUUGUGUUGGUUUUUGUUUAAAGUUCUUGGUCUACGUGUCUUUCUUAUGAUGAAUCGAAAGUAUGCUUGUUCGUCAUUACCGUUUAAAUUUCGUUUUUGCAACUCCAAAAAUGUACUACUCCCUUAUUUUUAUAACAUAUGAUGUUUUAGUUUAGUGCUCAAAAAUUAAAAAAUAUAUAUUCUUCUAAAAAUCAUUUUUAAAUAUAUAAUUUUAAAAUCAUUCAACCAGUUAUAAAAAAUACCGUAAAAUUUUAUUGGUUGAAUAAUUUUUAAUAAAAUUAAAAAUAACCUUAAAAUCUCUAAACAUUAUAUACUUUAAAAUAACAUAAACUUUUUAAAACAUUGAUUUGAAACGGAAAAAGUAAAAUUUUGAAUAAUAUAUACAACAUAGUACAGUUUCAGCCUUCUAUAUUUUUUUCACAAUAAGCUAUAGAAGUUCAUGUAAUAAAUGAAGAAUACGGCAUAAAAGACGACAAAACAAAUGACAGCCCAAAAACAAGGAAGUCGGUAAAAAUAACAUUCCUUAAAACAAGGAUUCGCUCAGGGUCCCUUAUUGGUCCUACCCGCUAACUCAAUCCCCUACAUACAUGCAUACUAUAGAGGAUGCUUCUGUUCAUAUACAUAGACGCUCACAUAUAAUAUAGAUAUGACUUACAUUUAUUUAUUAUACAAACAGAUAUACACAAUAUAUAUUUUGGUGUAAAUGUAUCACUCUAUAACCAAAUCAUAUAUAGGCACUGGAGUGCAAAAUAUAAUUAUCUGAAAACCUCUCUCUCUCAGACGAUGCCUGAGAGGUAAAAAGAAUAUAGUUAUCUGAAAUUUUUUUUGUCAACAAUCACUCCUGGCUUUUCAUUGUUUAUACGUGAAAGUAUGUCAUCUAUAGCAUUAUGCACAAAAGAUAUAACCAUACUAAUGGAAUUUGUACUUAAGAGAAUAUAUCUAGGCAGAUGGAUGGUGGAAUUUGUAGUUAAGAGAAUAUAUCUAGGCAGAUGGAUAGUUUGCGUUGAGAUGGUGAGAGACAUGACAAAUAGGCCCAUGAACCUUUGCGGUGAAAAUGGGGAACACGACAAUACAAGCGAUUGCAUCCACAUCCAAAUUCUAUGCUAUAUUAUACAUGGAUAAUGGCACCCAGUUAAUAGGAAAAUGUGUUCUUCUAGGUUCAAAUAUUUAGGUUCAUUUGUUCUUUGAGUCAUUUUUUCUUUUGAUUCUUUUUUUGCUAACACCAAACGGUAAUUCUGUUAUUCAAACUAUAUGUAAUUAUAUGUGGUAUGAAUAACCAAAUUGAAAUAAAAUAACCAACAAAACAUAAUUUUUUAUAGACAAAAAUUGAGCAUUCUGUUAUACUCAAUUUUUUUUUGAGAUUUUGAAAACGUCUAUUUAGUGUUGUUAUUCAUUGAGCUAUGUCGCUAAAUUUUUUCAUGUUCUUGAAUUGUGAAUCAUCUUUGUAAGUUCUUGACUAUCCCUUUUAAAGUGUCGACAUAUGAGUACUAAAGCAUACAAUUCACCUCAUCCUAUGGUGUUUGAUUCAUAGAAGUUGUAGUUCCCGAUAUACAUCUUUCCAAACUAACUAGAACACUAUAAUAUGAAUAAUGAAUCUUAACGACAAUAACCAUCUUUCCAAAUCAAACCACAACCACUUAGAUGAAUAUUUACGCAAAGAACCAUAAACCAUACAUAUGUUCUGAAAGCUUACAUAACUUACCUAUAUUGAAAUAUUUAGCUAUAUAUUUUACAUUCAUUUUCUCACUCUUUUUAAAUGCCUCAUUAAUUAUUUUGCUAUAAUAUUUCGACAACAUUUAUUUACAUAUUAACUAUUUAAUUUAGCAUGUUUGUUCUAUUUGUAACAAGAACUUAAAAUGAUUAACAAAUACUCCAUUUGUUUCUUAAUGUUACAUAUUCUAAUUUUUUCACACAUUUUAAUAAAACACAAUAAAUUUGCAAAAAAAAAUUGUGUUUAUCUUUGUUCCAUAAUUUUAAGCCAAUAAAAAUUCAGUAAGCGCAAUUAAGUUUUUUGAAAUUUGUAAUUAGUUAAUAAAACAUGUCUUGAAAAUAUAAAAAAUAGAUCUUUUUAAAACAAAUUUUUUUUUCUAAAAUAUGUAAUAUUAAAAAACAGAGGGAGUAGUUCUUUUUAUUUGUUUACACAAUCAAUUAGCCGUAGACAUUCGUAUAUCCAUUCAAAUACAAGUUGUUUUUUUCGGUAUCUGUUUUCUAGGUUUUAAAGUUAAGUUAUAUUCGGGUAUUAUAAAUUUUCGGGUGAGUUUUGAGUCAUGUCCUCUAAAGUCCGGAUGAAUUCAGUUUUGAUAUAAAAAAACCUAAAAAUAUCUAAAAACUAAUGUAUCUAAAAUAUUUUCGGAUAGUGUUACCAAAAGUAAUCAUAUUAUCCGAUUUAAUUCGGAUUCAUUAUAAUGUAUAGGAACCUAAAAUGUUUAAAUACUUAUACAAUUAAUUAUAUGAUGACAAAUAUAAAAUAUAUUACACUAACCAUAAAAAAGCAAAAUAUCAAUCUCUAGUGUAUGUUUGUCUCUUUUGUUUUAAUAAUAUAUAUAUGUAUGUUUUGCCAUAAUAAUGUAUGCAUGUUUCUUUUUAUUUUAGUAAUAUAUGUUUAUUUCUUUUCUUAAAUAAAAGUUGAAGUCAAGCUUGCAUUUCUUAUGUUCAUGCAUAUUGAAUAAUAUGAAUGUUCUAUAAACCAUUCACCAGUAUUUGAUUUAGAAGAUUUUUAUUUCAUUAAUAAUUACAAGUUUUUUGUAUUUAUUAUUUAAAAUAAAAAAUAAAAUAAGAACAAAUAAAACAUAUUUUUUAAGUUUUCCAUUUUAUUUUUUAAAACUUAUAAUUGAUUAUUUGUAUCAUAAGAAAAAUAUUAAAAAUAAAAAUAUGAAAUAAAAUGAUUGUAUAUGACAUUUAUUAUUAUUAAACAGAAAUGUUGACAAAAAAUUGAAUAUGUAUUAAACUAAUAGGUGAAAAAGAAAAAUGUAAAAUAAAUUAUUGGAUAAUCUACAUUAUAGUACAUAAACUAAGUUAUUGAGAAAAGUUUAAAUUUGCAUAUUUUCUCGAUUUCGGAGAAGUUAAAAGUAUAAUUUUUUUAAAUUGAUUAUUAUAUGUAAAUUUAAAAUUAUUUUUUGGCUAGAAAUAUCCUAAAGUUUUACCGCAAACAUUUUUGAUUUUUUCAAUUAUAUAUUUAUUUGAUAAAUUAAGAUAAAUACCAAAGAGUUUUAGUUGAUAAAUGAUAACACCACAUCACCAUUUUUUUACCGUCUCUGUUUACAAUGUUAUCCAUUUUCUCCCAAACCGCUCAAAGAAUCAUGGAAAUACCAAUCAGACCAUCCAUCAUCCAUUGUAAUGACAUCCUCAACAAGGGCAAAAGGGACAAAUCGUGAGUAUACAGUAAACUAUAGCCAUCAGAUUAAAGAACCUUGACUUUAGUUAUCAAAAAAAUAAAAUAAAUGAAAAUAAAUAAUAAUAAAAAUUUCUGUAGAAUAAAACAAAACUGAAAACUCCACUUUUUGCACUUCCUCCCCCUUGCAAACAAAAUAAAGAGAGAGAGAGAGAGGGUACGAUCACUGAGGAAGAUCAAACGCCCAUCACUAUAAACGUACAUCACCGGAAACACCAGUUCCUUAAAACUCUUCACUUUCCUUCCCUUUAAAAACCGCCAUGUCUCAAACCGGUUACCCUGGACACCUUAACCCAACAGCUCCGAUGUUCUUACCGGCGAACCUAAACCCAGUUCCUUUCUUUAUCCCGACAAGAAUCUACCUCCCUCUUCCUCCUCAUCCCCCUCCUCCUCCGCCGCCGCCUUACCCUCGUUUCUUCUCUUGUUUCGCCGGACCUCUCCCUCCCGCUCCUCCUCCUCACCUUCCCCCGUCGUUGUCUAUACCGACCAGAACCCUAGUGCUGCUACCAGUCCCCGCUGACGUCAGCGAGUCAUCGAUUCGUCGGGACCUGGAGGUGUUCGGCGAGGUGCGCGGAGUCCAAAUGGAGAGAGCGCACGAAGGUAUCGUGAUCGUUCACUUCUACGAUCUGAGACACUCGCGAACAGCGCUUAGGGAGAUACGCGAGCGCCACAUGCAUCAACAACAGGUGCGUUUCGGACGUGGAUACACGGCGGCGCGUGGGCUCGUCUCGGGAAGAACCGUGUGGGCCCAUUUCGUGUUUCCUCAUUUCAGGGCGGUUCCCGAGGGGAACAACCAAGGGUCGCUUGUGAUUAUGAACUUGGAACCCACCGUCUCUUCCGCAGCUCUCCGUCAGAUUUUCGAGGCUUAUGGGCAAGUGAAGGAGCUGAGAGAUACGCCGUUUAAAAGAGAACAGAGAUUCGUUGAGUUUUACGACGUCAGAGACGCGGCAUUAGCUCGCCGGGAGAUGGACGGAAAAGCUAUCGACGGGAAACCGAUCAUCGUCCAGUUUAGCCGUCCCGGUGGGUUUAACAAAAAGCUCAUCCUCGCCUCACGCUUCAACAAAAGCUUCCUUUCCAACAUUCACCAUCCACCGCCGCCGCCUCCGCCUCAGCCGCAUUUCCGUCGUCAAGUUCCAACUCCGGCGAGUCAGUUAAGAAGACGAGGUCCGGUUAAGGGAAAACCGGUCAAACCCAACUUCUCUUCCGGUGAUAAUGGACUGUACGAGCAAAACAAGAAGCGGUCUAAGAUGCAUACGACGAAGAAGAAUAGUAUCGUCGAUGGUCGCUUCACCAUACACGAAGACGCCAUUGCGGAGUCUAGAGACGGUCGUACCACCGUGAUGAUAAAAAACAUCCCGAACAAGUACACCCAGAAGCUGCUUUUGGAUAUGCUGGACGCACAUUGCAAUGACUGUAACGAAGAGAUCGUCAGCGAAGGGAACCAGACGCCCAUGUCGUCUUAUGACUUUGUCUACCUCCCAAUUGACUUCGGCAACAAAUGCAAUAUGGGAUAUGGGUUUGUGAACAUGACAACACCUGAAGCUGUGUGGAGACUUUACAAGGCCUUCCACAAUAAUCACUGGAGACUCUUCCAGUCGAGUAAGAUCUGUGAGGUCACUUAUGCUCGAGUCCAGGGUCUCGAGUCGUUGAAGGAACACUUUAAGCACUUGAAGCUACCAUGCGUAGAAAUGGAGUACAAGCCGGUGAUUUUCUCGCCGGCGCGUGACGGGCGGUUGAUGACGAAGCCUAUCGCCAUUGUUGUUGACCUCGGGACCAGACCAGUGGAAGAUAGCUGUCCCUCUCGUGCCGAAACUGUCACAUCUUGUUCGUUUUCGAUUGAGAGAAGUGAUGGUUGGCUUGGGGAGAGAACCGAGGACGGCGGCGUUUCGGAUGACGAAGGCGAAACAGUAGUGAAGAUUUAAUGAUGGUUUCGGCUUUUAGGCGGCGAUCUAUAAAUAUGUAGCUGUAUGGAUGUCUUUUCAUCUCCUCUCUCUCUCUCUCUCCACUUUUCUUUUGUCUUUCUUUUGGAUGUUUUAUGUGUAAACUUCGUUUAGAGUAUUGACAUAU